AUGUAUAACGGUAUUGGACUGCAAACUGCUCGUGGUUCUGGCACAAAUGGUUACGUGCAGACCAAUUUGGCGAAUCUUUUGCUUUCUAAGAAACGGGUUACGUACAAUUCCGAAGCAGAUAUAAAACGAGCUGAGGCUGAAUUAAACAAAGAGCCAAAUAAGGAACUUUUGGAACAUAGACGUAAGCGACAUAUUGAGUUGAAAUGCGCUGACUUUGAGCUGUUAAUGGAAAAUAAGGGAUUUCAUAGUGCUGAAAUCGAAGCAAAAGUUAACGAGUAUCGGAGUCUUCUGCAAAGUCAAGUAGAAUCUGGAGAGUUAGAUUUGGAUGCAGAAAUGGACAUUCGAGAUACACAUGUUCGUAACAAAGUUGCAGUUGAAUAUCGUAAUCGUAUGCGAGCUGCUCUUGGUAUUGAAGAUACUUUUGUCGAUGGAACAUCUUUCGAGAAGUUUGUUUUGCUAUUCGAUCAGACAUCACGAAAAGCAGUGUCAUCGUCGUCAUCAUCUACAGGUUCAUCAUCGUCAACUGACUCAUCAUCAUCAGAAGAUUCAUCGUCAGAAGACUCAGAUUCUAGUUCAGGGAAUGAUACUUCAUCAACUUCAACAGAUGAAUCUGAGGGUACUUCUAGUGAAGAUUCUUCUGGAUCAAAAAAAAAUCGUAAGCGUUCAGAGAAAGGAAAGAAAAGUAAAAAGUCUAGUGAAAAGGAGCGUCCACGAAUUCGGGAUAAUUCAAGACAUUCUCGGCGUUUGCGUAGUCGACAUGAUGAUGAUGAUGAUGACGUCGACAUGCCCGAGUACAGCAAACGAAGAAAGCAUAGUUCAUCUAAUUAUUACGGUGAUCGACAUCGCCGUCGUGGAUCUCACAAUGGUAGACGUUAUAGUAGUCGGAGGUAG